AAUCGUGACCAUCGUCGCAUCAGCACGCAUGUGGCCAGUCUUUUUCGCUCAGGCAGUCGCGAAAAGUCGACCGCCAGCCUGACCGUCAGUCCGACGAGUGUAUCCGCCAGCUCCGGCGGUAGCCAAAUCAGUGUGCUCGGCUCCUCUGGACUCGGCCAUUUGGCUGGUCUGUCUGUGCCUCCAGUGCCUCGGGACGCCGGAGACUCGAGCUCGUCUGCCGCCGCCACAGGCCCUCCAAUCGCCUCACCUCUCAACGAAGAGACCGGUUUGACGAGGACGGAGGUCGUCACCUCCACCUCCGCUGGUGACGGCAGAGUCGAGCUGAGCUCCACACCCUCGCUGGGCUCGUUCUAUCCCUCCUCGGAGGCUGUGAUUCGACUCGACAACAUCAACCAGGCAGCUGAGCAGAUGGUGGUAAGUGGUGGUUGUCUUUUGGGGAAAUUUCUACUUCACUCAAAUGUGUACUCAACAAUGAGGAUGUGUGAUGAGGUUGAACUAAUCUGCCCUGAUUAA